AUGCCUCUUCCGAAGCGACAAACUAUACCAGUGAAAGGCGCAAAGUCUAGCGCUCCUGCUAGCGACUCGCGAUUCGCAAAUUUCGAAACUGAUCCCAAAUUUCGUCUGCCCUCCAAGAAGCACACCAAGACCAAACUCGAUCCUCGAUUUUCGCGGUUAAAAAGCGAUCCAGACUUCUACAACAAGGCCACAGUCGACAAGUAUGGCCGCAAGAUCUCCAAAGAGGCAGGCAAGAAGGCCAUUGAGAGGUUGUACGAGGUAGACAGCGAUGAGGACCAGGAACAAGAUGACGAAGCAGAGUUGGAGCGUCCUUCGGGGAAGAAGCGCGACAAGGCUGUGUUGAAGGAGAUGAAGCGGGUGGAACAACAGGGCUUUGAUCCCAUCAGAGACGGUGGACUCGAGUCAUCAUCGGACGAAAGCUCCAGCGAUGAAGAGGACGGAGCCGAACUUGAAGAUCAGACUGAACUUGCGGGCGACGACAACGAAGUACCCACAGGCGAUAUUUCUGCGCGCCUGGCUGCCGUGAACAUGGAUUGGGACAACAUACGAGCAACAGACAUCUUGGCCGUGGCAAACUCGUUUGUGCCGGCAGAUGGGAGAAUCCUGAACGUCGUCAUAUACCCGAGCGAGUUUGGAAUGGAGCGUCUACAGCGGGAAGAGAUCGAAGGACCGCCUAGGGAAAUUUUCGCAUCGACGGCCAACAAAGACAAGAACAACAUGAGCACCAUGGACGACGAGUCCAAUUCUGAAAACGACGACGAGGACCAAACAAAGGCCGACUUGCAAGGGGAUGAUACUGGCGAAGAAUUCGACUCGACCAAGUUGCGAGCCUACCAGCUCGACCGACUGCGAUACUACUAUGCCGUCAUCACAUGCUCCUCAGCAAACGUCGCCAAGUCCAUCUAUGACAAUCUCGACGGUCGCGAGUACCUCACCAGCGCGAACUUCUUCGACCUACGAUUUGUUCCUGACGGCACGACCUUUGACCAAGAUCCCCACGACGAAUGCGCAAAGCUACCCGACGGUUACAAGCCGAAUGAGUUCUCCACAGACGCGCUCACCCACUCAAAGGUCAAGCUGACCUGGGACGCCGACGAUGCGACGCGAAAGGAAGUCCAGAAGCGCGCAUUCUCACGCAAGGAGAUAGAUGAGAACGAGCUGCAGGCAUAUCUAGGCUCGGACAAUUCUUCCUCCGAAGACGAGGAGGAGGCAGCGAAGAAAGACAAGGCAGCAAGUCUCCGUGCAGCUCUAGGACUAGAGUCUUCCGGAAAAUCCUCCAAGACAAAGAAGAAAUCAUCCGCGAAACGAGACCGCGACUUUCCCAAGCCGGAUAGUGAGAUGCAAAUCACCUUUACCGGAGGCCUAUCCAACGAAGCUGGCAAUGGUGAUGUGUUUGAGAAUGAGAUACCCCUCCAAGAGACAACAAUGGAGCGAUAUAUCCGAAAGGAAAGAGAAAGGAAGGCGAGGCGUAAGGAGAGAUGGCAGGCGAAGAAGGCAGGCCGAGACCCCGAUGCGCCCGCUGUGCAAGAGGCAGAAGCAUCAGCAGAUGCAAACGACGACGAUGACCCAUUCAACGACCCAUUCUUCGCCUCAGACCCCGAAGAAGCCGCCAAAGCCUCCAAGCCCGAGUCAAAGAAAUCCAAAAAAGCAAAGAAAAAGGCCGAGCAAGACCAACAAGACCAAGCCGCCGCCGCCGAACGCGCAAACCUCGAACUCCUAAUGGCCGACGAAGACGACUCCAAACUCCGCCACUUCAACAUGAACGAGAUCGUGAAAUCAGAAAAAGCCAAGAAGAAGGGCAAGAAGGCAAAGAAGAGUGCAACAAUCAUCGAUGACGACUUCAAGGUCGACACGAGUGAUCCGCGUUUCGCUAAGUUGUAUGAAAGUCAUGAGUUUGCUAUUGAUCCGACGAAUCCGAGGUUCAAGGAAACCGCCGCUAUGAAGGCGCUGCUUGAAGAGGGACGUAAGAAGAGGAAGCAGGGGAAGGAGGGUGAGGAAGUUGAGGUGGAGAGGGAGACGAAGAAGAGUAAGAAGGAUGUUGGCGAGGGGGAGGAUGAUGUUAGGAAGUUGGCGAAGAAGAUAAAGGCGAAGAGUAGGGGGCUGUGA